AUGGAUCUGGCAUGCUUUUUUAGGACUCCUGGUUCGAACAACGACAUCAACGUGCUCAACAACUCGACGUUGUUCAACGAUCGACUGCAAGGAAUGGGGGUGCCGGUCACAUAUCAAGUCAACAACACCUACUACACAAGUGGGUACUACUUGACUGACGGCAUCUAUCCCAAUUGGCCGGUAUUCGUGAAGAGUCCUACACAUCCGACGGAUCCGAAGGGGAAGAGAUUCAAAGUGAUGCAGGAAGCAGCUCGCAAGGAUAUUGAACGAGCCUUCGGCGUCCUUCAAGCUCGUUGGGCAAUCGUCAAAGGCCCAUCGCGUCUUUGGAGCAAGGAGGAGAUGAGCGACAUCAUGUUCACGUGCAUCAUUUUGCACAACAUGAUCAUCAAAGACGAAGGCGAGCACGCAACACAGUGGGAAGAAGACGCCGACGAAGCUUCGAGUAGCGCCGCAUCUCAACCUCGUGCCGGUGCUCCGCCGGAUUUUCGUGCAUUUGUUGCACGACAAGCAUCCAUGCGAGACGCGGAGAUGCAUGCUCGCCUCACUUUGGACUUAAAGGAGCACAUUUGGUCUCGUUUUGGUCCGAUCGAGCCCUAG